AGGGGUAGGCUGCGCGGGAGGCCGAGAGGGGGCAGCAGGCGAUGGCGGCGGCAGCGGCGGCGGCGGGUCGUCUAGGCUGGUUGCUCGCCGCGCUGUGCCUGGGCAACGCCGCCGGGGAGGCGGCGUCGGGCCCGCGAGUGUUGGGCGUCUGUCUGGAGGAGGACGGAGCCGCGGACGCGGGGUGGGAGCGCGGAGGAGAGGUGCGGGCCGCACCGGAGGCCACCUUCCGCCUACGCCUCUUCGGCUCCGGCUUGGCCAACAGCUCCUGGUCCUGGGUGGCCCCCGAGGGGGCGGGCUGCCCCGAGGGCGGGCCGGCCGCGGCGCCCGAGGAGGCGGCGGCCCCCACGGGCGAGUGGCGCGCACUCGCGCUGCUGCGCCUGCGCGCCGAGGCCGUGCGCCCGCAUUCGGCGCUACUCGCCUUGCGCGUGGAGCCAGGCGGCUCGGCCGCCGAGGAGGCGGCGCCGCCCUGGGCGCUGGGCCUGGGGGCGGCGGGGCUGCUGGCGCUGGCGGCGCUGGCGCGCGGCCUUCAGCUAACCGCACUGGCGCUGGCGCCCGCCGAGGUGCAGGUGCUGCGCGAGAGCGGCUCGGAGGCCGAGCGCGCGGCGGCGCGGCGCCUAGAGCCCGCGCGGCGCUGGGCCGGCUGCGCCCUGGGCGCGCUGUUGCUACUGGCCAGCCUGGCGCAGGCGGCGCUGGCGGUGCUGCUGUACCGCGCGGCCGGCCAGCGCGCCGUGCCCGCCGUGCUGGGCAGCGCGGGGCUCGUGUUCCUGGUGGGCGAGGUGGUACCGGCUGCCGUGAGCGGGCGCUGGGCGUUGGCGCUGGCGCCGCGCGCGCUGCUCCUCAGCCGCCUGGCCGUGCUGCUGACCCUGCCGGUGGCGCUGCCCGUGGGCCAGUUGCUGGAGCUGGCGGCGCGGCCCGGGCGGCUGCGCGAGCGCGUGCUGGAGCUGGCCCGCGGCGGCGGCGACCCCUACAGCGAUCUCAGCAAGGGCGUGCUGCGCUGCCGGACCGUGGAGGACGUGCUCACGCCGCUCGAGGACUGCUUCAUGCUGGACGCCAGCGCCGUGCUGGACUUCGGCGUCCUGGCCAGCAUCAUGCAGAGCGGCCACACGCGCAUCCCAGUGUACGAGGAGGAGCGCUCCAACAUCGUGGACAUGCUCUACCUCAAGGACUUGGCCUUCGUGGAUCCCGAAGACUGCACGCCGCUCAGCACCAUCACCCGCUUCUACAACCAUCCGCUCCACUUUGUCUUCAACGACACCAAACUGGACGCUGUCCUGGAGGAGUUCAAACGAGGGAAGUCCCACCUGGCCAUCGUGCAGAAGGUGAACAACGAGGGUGAAGGUGACCCCUUCUACGAGGUACUGGGCCUGGUCACCCUGGAGGACGUCAUUGAGGAGAUCAUCAAGUCUGAGAUCCUGGACGAGUCUGAGGACUACCGAGAUGCCGCCGUGCGGAAGAAGGCUGCUCCUCUGAGUGCCCCUCUCAGGCCGAAAGAGGAAUUCUCCCUGUUCAAGGUGUCUGAUGAUGAACAUAAAGUGAAAAUCUCGCCUCAGCUGCUCUUGGCCACCCAGCGCUUCCUGUCCCGAGAGGUGGAUGUAUUCAGCCCCCUGCGAAUCUCCGAGAAGGUCCUGCUGCACCUGCUGAAGCAUCCCAGCGUCAACCAGGAAGUGAGGUUUGACGAGAGCAACCGUCUGGCUGCACACCAUUACCUGUACCAGCGCAGCCAGCCGGUGGACUAUUUCAUUCUCAUCCUGCAGGGCAGGGUUGAGGUGGAGAUCGGGAAAGAGGGCCUGAAGUUCGAGAAUGGGGCCUUCACCUACUAUGGAGUGUCUGCCCUGACAGCACCAUCCUCAGUUCACCAGUCCCCGGUGUCCUCGCUCCAGUCCAUCCGCCACGACCUGCAGCCCGAGCCAGCCGAUGGUGCCCGCUUGUGUGCGUACUGUCCUGACUACACCGUGAGGGCCCUCUCCGACCUGCAGCUCAUUAAGGUCACGCGGCUGCAGUACCUCAAUGCACUCCUGGCCACUCGGGCUCAGAACCUGCCACAGUCCCCGGAGAACGCAGACCUCCAGGUCAUCCCAGGCAGCCAGACCAGGCUCCUCGGUGACAAGACAGCCCCAGCAGCAGGGCCCAACCACAGCAGACCCGGCCUCCCAGCGGAGGAGAGCCCUGGGCGGAACCCAGGGGUUUAACUGCUUGCCAGGCAGCCCCAGGUCUGGGGAAUGGACAAGCACGUGGGGAACUGGAGAGCCGAGGAGUAGCUUGUCAGCCUGUCCCCAUCCCCUCCAGGCCACGUUUUAGAUGGCCCUUAUAGAUGUGGGUCCUGGGCUGUCCUCAGAGCCAGACCUCAAUGCCGGGAGCCUUCAGCGGGUCCUGCCCUCCUUUAGGAAAUGGGGGUCAGUUGGGGCACAGUCCUCCAGGCCUGCUUCUGAAGGGAAUGGAAAGACACUGUCAUCUCCGGUCCCCAGGACCCAGCCUUCUCCCUGUGACAGUGCAGUGUAUUUAUACCUCUUUGGGCCAAGCCAUGAUGUGAGUGCACGGUUACUGCCUUUACGUGGCCGUGACCUGUACUCGCUUCGCUUUCAAUUUGCCAACCUUCUGCUGCCGGCAGCACUUUGAGCAAACCAGGAGCACUAGUUGGGGCUGGGGGGGUUCACAUCCUUGGCCGUAGCCACAGUGAACGAUUUGGCUUCCCUUACAAUGCCGUGUUUCAGAGCACGCGCCCCAGCCUGUCCCAUGUGCCAAACCUCAAAGCUCGAUGACCCACCGGUAUGUGCCACUGUCCUGCUCCCUCCUGUGGAGGUCGCUUCUCUGAGCCCUGUGCUCAGAGCCCUGAGCAAGAGAGCUGGCCCCCAGUGGCACUGAGGAGGCCUGCUCCUUCUGCUUCUCUGCCUGUCUUGCUUAGUUGCUUCUAACGGUAUUGUCACUUUCUGUGUUUGAAGAAGAGAGGUCACCCAUGGGAGGAAGGGGUGUGCUGCCCCUAACUCUUUCUCAGUUGCUCGAUCCCAGGGAGAGGAUCCAGCCGUUAGACCUACUUUGUACCUUCUUCCUAGGCCUCCAUGGAGAGCUGGAUGGCUGUCAUUUGCACGGAGAGAGGCAAGGGAGGGAAGGGUUGGUUAUGGAGCAGGUAGAACCUCAUCCCCUUUCUUUAAAAAAACAAAAACCCAUCAGUUUUUCUUGUAUCUCUGAAACAUUUCAGCUGUUUGCUUUUUUGCUGUUCUUAGCUGCGGGGUUUUAGAGAAUUGGGAACAAGAAGGCAUUUAUGUUUUUCUUCUGGCUUACCCAUUUUUACCUUCUGCAGUUCUUCAACUGUGCAGAAACUGGGGCGUCACAGAGACGUAGGAUUGCAGACUGGAUGGGGGGGGAGGAUUUCUGGAACCUUUCUCAAAGGAAUUUGGGUCCCUUAUCUGGGACCGUUGGGAAUGAAGGCCAAAGAACAAUGGCAUGCUCGCUUAGAAACUUCUCAAGGAGUUCUAAGAGCAAACCCGGGUGGGAAGCAUAUUUUACAAUCAUCUCUCUCCAGAACAGUGGUUCUUAACCUUGGCUGCACGUUAGAAUCACCUGGCAAGUUGAAAAAUACUGAUACCUGAUACUUGGGGUCUCCUCUUCCAGGGAGCCUGAUUUAAUUGAUCUGGGCAUGAGGAUUUUAUUUUUUGAAACAAUUUUAAUUUAAAAAAAAAUUUUUUUUUUUUAAAGUGAGCUCCUACCCAACAUGGGUCUUGAACUCCUGACCCUGAGAUCAAGAGUCGUGUGCUCUACUGAGUCAGGCAGGCACCCCUGAAAAAAUUUCAGGGUUACAUAAGAGUGAAGGGUUAUAUCCAUACACACUUCACCCAGCUUCCCCUAAUGUUAACAUCUUACAUAUAACCUGGUACAUCUAUCAGAACUAAAAAAAUUAACAUUGGUACAAACCUGUUAACUAAUUACCGACUUUAUUUGGAUCUUAAUGGUUUCUCCAAUAAUGUCCUUUUUCUGUUACAGGAUCCAAUUCUGGAUACCAAGUUGCAUUUAGAGUUACUGCUUUUUUCUAAGUCUUUAUUUUGAAACAAUUACAGAUCCAUAGGAAGUUGCAAGCUAGAGGGACCCUUCACCCAGUUUUCCUCAGUGGUUACUCUUACGUAGUUAGAACACAGUAUCAAAACCAUGAAGCUGACACUGGCACAAUGUGGAUGAUCAUUCUCUGUCCUCCCGGGUAGAUCUGUGUAGCUGCCAUUGCCCUCUCGAUAAAGAGCCGUCCCACCACACGGGGAUCUCCCUCCCAUUAGAGCCAUAGCACCCCCUCAGCUUCUGUCCCUAACCCCUGGCAACCACUAAUCUAAGAUUUUGUCAUUUCAAGAAUGUUGUGUAAGUGGGGUCAUAUAGUACGUGACCAUCUGGAAUUGGCUUUUUUCACUCAGCAGAAUAUUCCGGAGAUGCAUCCAGGUUGUUUGUGUCUAGUUCAUUCCUUUUGAUUGCUGCGUAGUAUUCCUCGAUAUGUUCACUGUCCUGAUGAAGGACAUCUGGGUGGUUUCCAGUUUUUGGCUAUUCCAAAUAAAGCUGCUAUGAACAUUCA